CUUACCUAUGGGUUCCGAUCAUGAUUUUAUUGUAAAAUCUUUGAACCUUAAAAUCCCAUAAAAUCCCGAUUUAAAACUCUAAAAUCCUUAAAAUCUACGAUUUCUACGAUUUUGUACGAUUUCAAGGUUCACAUCAAUUGGAGCAAAAUGAGGCUGGUCAAUUCCGGUUCUAUCCAUAAACCAAGUCAAGUUUACUUCUCACGACCCAACAUAAUGAACAACGCAACCCUAACCCAAUAGACAACACUCAAUUUAUUUUCAUUCUCUUCCUCGUAACUUCCUCUUUCGCACGUCGACACCCAACUCCUUCCUUCGACGAUAUCUUCCACUCUCCCAAUUAGCUUGUAGGUUUUUCCCACCACCCUCACAAAAAUCCAAAUCUCCAUUCCAUUGCAAUCUUUCGUUCAUCUCUCAGUCCUUCAGCAGCACUAUCCCCGACCUUUUAUCAAUUAAGAAGGGAAUGCACCAAUCAAUGAGUUAUCUUUGUGAUCAAGGAAAUAUGGUUAAUGGUGAAAGUAUUUCAAUUGAUCUUAAGAGUAAUUAUAUUAGUCCUUAAGCAAAUAGACAAGGAUGAGAGUUAGAGUGAGAGUGUGGGUGAGGAUGAUGAUGAUGAUGAUGAGUAAGUGAUAUUAAUGUUGAUCCCUAACGAUCUUAUGUAAUUUUCUACUCUUAACUAUUAAUUAACUGAUUUCAUUGGGGGUUUCAGGUUGCUUAUUUGUGUGUUUAUAUUAUGUACAAGAAUAGAUAUAUGGAUUUAGCUGUAUUUAUUUAGCAAACAAACUUAUCUUGGGAAGUAAUUAUGUUAUAUGUGGUUGAUUGUUGUUCAGGAUAUGCAUUUUUAUUACUUAAGUGAUUAUUUAAUAUGAACCUUGAAAUCUUACGAUUUUACGAUUUUAAUCUACGAUUCCGAUUCUACCUUAGUUUUCGAUUUUACUUAAAAUCUCGAUUUUGACUGCAUUGGCUGUAACUCAAAGCAUGUUGGACUUCAGGGGGUGGAUAGAGCGUAUGCAGUUGGUUGAUCAUAAGAUGAAUGGAUCAUGGUACACCUGGUGGAACCGUCAAGAGGAAAACCCUAUAGCUAGGCGUAUUGACAGAGUAUUGGUAAAUGGUCCUUGGUUGUCUUUGCUCUCGUCCAGCUCAGGUAGAACAAUAAGCCCUGGGGUCUCGGACCAUUGUGGUCUUCUUUUAACUUCUGUUCGUAUGGUUAAGAGUUUGCCAAAACCAUUCAAGUACUUCAAGUUUUGGCGAUCUCAUCCUCAAUUUGAGGGUAUUUUGACAGGUGCUUGGGAUCUACCGGAUCAGGGGGGUGAUCCUUUUUAUAGGCUAUCUAAGCGGUUGAAGAUAUUGAAGAAAGGUCUCAUGGUUCUCAAUCGUACCCAGUACUCAGAUAUUUCAGCUAGAACUAGGGAAGCAGAGGGGCUCCUUGCUGCAGCUCAGCAGUCUGUUCUGUUAAGCCCUUCUUCUGUAAAUGUUAGUCUGGAAAAGGACUUGGCUCUCACUUGCUAUCAAUUGCAGAAGGCAGAAGAGAGUUUUUAUCGACAAAAAUCUAGAGUGCAGUGUGUGGUUGAAGGGGACUUUAAUACAACCUAUUUUCACAAUUGUGUGAAGACUAGGGCUAAAAGGCAGACUAUUGACUGCUUGCUUACAGAUACUGGGGCUGUGGUGGAUGAUGUUGAGCAGAUGGGGGAGUUGGCAGUAUCUUUUUAUAGGGGAUUAAUUGGUUCUCCUAAUCCAGAUGUUGUUGAGAAGCCGCUGGAGUUUUAUAAUGACCUUAUUAUGCUUAAGCUGAAUCCUGAAGAGGCUGAUAGUCUGUGUACUACAGUUACUAGAGAAGAGAUCAAGUCAAUUUUUUGCUCUAUGGCGCCAGAUAAGGCCCCUGGCCCGGAUGGCUUUCCCUCUGAUUUUUACAAGGCUGAAUGGGGAGUUGUAGGUCGAGCUGUGGAGGAUGCUGAAUUGUGGUUUUUCCAGACUAAGUCGUUGCCACAAGAGGUAAAUUCUACUAUUCUUUCAUUAGUUCCUAAAGUUUCUAAUGUGCAAAGAAUGAAGGAUUUUAGACCUAUUGCUUGCUGCAAUGUCUUGUACAAGGGUAUAUCUAAGCUGCUAGCAAAUAGGUUAGCUGUUGUUUUGCCUAAAGUGAUUAGUACAUCUCAGUCUGCGUUUGUGAAGGGUCGACUAAUUAGUGAUAACAUUCUGAUGGCCUCUGAACUAGUGAAGGAUUAUCAUAGGAAAACAAUUACUCCACGGUGUAUGGUGAAAAUUGAUAUUAUGAAAGCUUUUGAUUCAGUUGAUUGGAAGUUUCUGUUUCAAGUUAUGAGGACUAUGGGGUUUCCUGAUAGUUACAUUGAAUUGGUACAAAUUUGUGUUACAACUCCAAAGUUCAGUGUGUCCUUCAAUGGAGGGCUUUGUGGUUAUUUCUCGGGGGGCAAAGGGCUUCGUCAAGGGGACCCUUUGUCACCAUAUCUUUUUACAAUUGCUAUGGAAGUUUUUUCGUGCCUUAUGAAAAGAGCAGUCAGGGACGAUUUCAUUCCUUUUCACCCCAGGUGUAAGUAUAUUGGUAUCACCCAUCUCUGUUUUGCUGAUGAUGUUUUGGUUUUUACAAAUGGGUCAGUGAGAGGGGUGGAUGGUAUUAAGUGUUUGCUAGAUGAUUUCUAUUGUCUAUCUGGACUGAGGUGUAAUCCGGAGAAGAGUCAGUUGUUCUGUGGGGGGAUUACUGACCUGGACAGGGAUUCCCUAUCAAUACAUACUGGGUUUUCUGUGGGGGCUUUGCCUGUACGAUACUUGGGGGUGCCACUCAUUUCGGGGAAGCUUUCUCGGGUGGAUUGCCAAGUCCUUGUGGACCGUAUUACAGCCAGAAUCAGAGGAUGGCAGCCUAAGUUGUUGAGUUAUGCAGGUCGGCUCCAACUGAUUUCCUCAGUUAUUUCCAGUGUUCUUCAGUACUGGAUGAAUAUCUUUCUUCUUCCUGCUUCAGUUUUAAAAGACAUAGAAGCAAUCUGCAAUAAUUUUUUAUGGGGUGUGGGGGAUUCUCGAGCGAGGGGGUUAACUGCUUGGCAAGUUGUUGCUGUGCCUAAGGCUGAGGGUGGUUUGGGAGUGAGGGAUUUUCGGUUGUGGAAUAAAGCAUGUAUUGUCAGGCAUUUAUGGAACAUUUUGGCUGAGCAGGGUUCAUUAUGGGUCGCUUGGGUCACGAGGUAUCGCCUCCGUGACAGAACUAUUUGGGAGAUUGCUCCUACAGCUGUCGGUUCUUGGAUAUGGAAGAGAAUUCUAAAACUUAGGGAUUCUGUUCUAUCAUUUGUUUCAGGAGCAGGUAGUUCUCUCAAGUGGGAUGGUCUGGCUAUGGCCCGUUUCUCAGUAAAAAGGGUCUGGCACACAAUGCGUGUUAAGCAACCAGAGGUUGAGUGGGCAUUUUUGCUUUGGGGGAAAUAUUUUAUCCCUAAGCACAGUGUCUUGGUAUGGCUCAUCAUUCACAACCGCAUUGUUACAAAGGACAAACUAUUUAGCUGGGGAAAGGUGGUAGAUCAGACUUGUAUGCUCUGUCCGGGUGGUGAUGAAAGUCGGGACCAUCUUUUUGCUGAAUGUUCUUAUUUCCAGGCUGUGUUGCGUGGGGCGUUGUCUGUUUUGCAGGUCCCGAACUGUGCUGAAUGGUUGCUGAGUUUGCAGUGGGCUGUUCGACAGUGGCAGGGGAAGAAAAGUGUGGCUGCUCGGUUGGAGAAGUUGGUAUGGGUGGUUGCGGUGAGUAGUGUGUGGAAGGAAAGGUGUUCUCGGCUUUAUGGCGAUAGGCGAGCUAGUUCUCCCUUUCAGUUGGUGGCUCCAAUCAAGUCGGAGAUUGGUUGUUUAGCUUCGAAGAAUAUUGAGCUUAGUGUAGCCAUUGAGAGUUUGUAUAGUUAGGCAAGUUUUGAUAGGUGACUUGUGUUUGCGUUGUAAACAGUGUUUUUUGAGAGGGCCCUUGGUUUUAAGGUGUCCUGGUGCUUAAUAGAAUUUUUGAUUGCGCAUAAAAAAAAAAAGAAAGCAAAAUAAAACCUUAUAAAAUAAUAAAAUAAAGCAAAAUAAAUCAUCAAUUUACCGGAUUGUUGUCCCAAAUUGCACGGGAGCGAUGUGCUUCUUGAUCGGUUAAAUACCCCGUAUCUCUUGGCCCAUAAUGGAUAUACAAUCGAGGAUCGUAUAUCUCGGCACCCAUCUAUAAAAAAAAGUAAUGAAAUCAGAUUGUUUUUAUUAAAAAAAUCACAAAAUCAAAUUGUUUCGAUUAAAAAAAAUCACAAAAGAAAAACCAAGAACCUACCCGAAGAGGCUCUUCGUCCAUUUUUUGGCGGAAGCCGGACAGAGGUUCGACGGGUUUAUAAGGGACGGGGGCUUUAGGGUAUAGCUCCAGGGCAUACUUAGAACGAGACUAGAGUGGAUGGAGGAAGGGAGAAAGAAGAGUAAAUGUGGUGGUGUGAUUUGGAAAAAGGGGGGGGGGGGGGGGGGGGGGGGGGGGGUUCUAUUUAUAGGGGAAGCUUGUGCGUAAAACAACCACUGCGCCAUCACCGCCUUUGACAAAGGUAGUGAAUAAACCGCCUUUAUCUAAGACGGUGAAGGGCGCAGAUCGAGUGACGUGGGACGCUGUGAAGCGUCAGAUCUGGGAAGAAAAACAAAAUCCGCACCUCACCGCAUCCAACGGCAACGGUGAGCUUCCGCGACGCGGAUCGUUGACGUGGACAAACACGGGGUAUUUACCGCUUUUGUCUAACACGGUGAAUGCACCGCAUUUGUCCACGUCAGCGAUCCGCGUCCCUUUCAUCGUGGUCGUUCAAUACGGGGAAUAUUUCACCGCGUUUUAAUAAAACGGUGAUGUCUUCACCGUUUUCGUUUAAGGCGAUGAAUGGUUCCCUCGUUAUUCACCGUUUUGCUUAACGACGGUGAAUACAUCAUCGUUUUAAAU